GCCUUCCUGGAGGCCGACCCAGUCGAGCGGGCGCCAUUGCUGGACGCAUUCCCACCCUGCUCUGCGAGCGCCCUCAGUUGUGCUCAGUGCGGCCGCCAGAUGUCUUUGUGGGACUCUCCUCUUUCGAGAGAGGGGGACUGAGAAGCAGAGAUUAUGGCUGCUGUGGUUUUUGCAGUUGGACCUUUGAGUUCUGAAGUUACCCAGCCAGAUGGAGAUCUUCACCUUCUGAUGGAAGAAGCAGAGCUGGUGAAGGAAUCAGUGACAUUUAAGGAUGUGGCAAUAGACUUCACAUUGGAGGAAUGGAGGUUGAUGGACCCUACACAGAGGAAUCUGCACAAAGAUGUGAUGCUAGAGAAUUAUAGAAAUCUGGUCUCGCUGGGGCUUGCAGUUUCCAAACCAGACAUGAUAACUCAUUUGGAGAAUGGGAAAGGACCAUGGGCAGUGGUGAGAGAAAUUUCAAGAACUCCCUAUCCAGUCAAGAAUGCUAUACUUACAGAGGAUAUUUUUGAAGAAGAUUUAUUACAGGAAACUGUUGUAGAGAAACUCACAGAGAAUGGUCUGUGGGAUUCCACAAAGGGAGGAUUAUGGAAAUGGAAUGACAAAAUAUUGAAACUGCAAAAUAGUGAGAAGAGUCAUCUGAGUCAAAGAAGAGUAACACACAAGAAAAUUUCCACUGAUCAAAGAGGCUUUAGAUUUGGGUCUGUUCUUUUCCUAGAACCAGGAAUUAUCACAGAAGAGCCCCAUGGCAAAUGCAAAAUACAUGAGGAAAACUUCACAGAGAAUUUAGAUUUGAUUACAGAUACUCAUUUGGGAAAGAUAAUUUGCAAGGAUAUGAAAGGCAACAAAACUAUAAACCAGACUUCAGAAUUUAGUUUACGGGAAAAAUCCAGUAAUAAAGAAAAACCAUAUAAAUGUAGUACAUGUGAAAAGGCCUUUCGUUAUAGAUCAUUACUCAUUCAGCAUCAGAGAACUCACACUAAAGAAAAACCUUAUGAAUGUAAUGAAUGUGGGAAAGCGUUCAGCCAGCCUUCAUAUCUUAGUCAACAUAAAAAAAUUCACACUGGAGAAAAACCCUAUAAAUGUAAUGAAUGUGGAAAAGCUUUCAUUGCUUCAUCUUCACUUACGGUACAUCAAAGAAUUCAUACUAAGGAGAAACCUUAUCAAUGCAAUAUCUGUGGAAAAUCCUUUAGCCAGUGUGCCCGCCUAAAUCAGCAUCAGAGAAUUCAAACUGGAGAGAAGCCCUAUAAAUGCAGUGAAUGUGGGAAAGCAUUUAGUGACAAAUCAAAACUUGCAAGACAUCAGGAAACUCAUAAUGGUGAAAAACCCUACAAAUGUAAUGAUUGUGGGAAAGCUUUUAGGAAUAAGUCAUAUCUUAGUGUACACCAGAAGACCCAUACUGAGGAGAAACCUUACAAAUGCAAUGAGUGUGGGAAAUCUUUUAAAAAUACCACAAUUUUUAAUGUUCAUCAGCGAAUUCAUACUGGAGAGAAACCCUUUAGAUGUAAUGAAUGUGGGAAAGCCUAUAGAAGUAAUUCAAGCCUUAUUGUACAUAUCAGAACUCAUACAGGGGAAAAACCCUAUGAAUGUAAUGAAUGUGGGAAAGCAUUCAACCGCAUAGCAAAUUUCACAGAACAUCAGAGAAUUCAUACAGGAGAGAAACCCUAUAAAUGUAAUGAAUGUGGAAAAGCAUUUAUUAAUUAUUCAUGCCUUACUGUACAUCACCGGAUGCAUACAGGAGAGAAACCUUAUAAGUGUGAUGAAUGUGGAAAGGCCUUCAUGCGUUCUUCAUCUUUAAUUAUACAUCAGCGUAUUCAUACUGAAGAGAAACCUUAUCUAUGUAAUGAAUGUGGGGAAUCCUUCAGAAUAAAAUCACACUUAACUGUACAUCAGAGGAUCCAUACUGGGGAGAAACCAUAUAAAUGUACUGACUGUGACAGAGCAUUCACCAAAAUGGUAAAUCUCAAGGAGCAUCAGAAAAUUCAUACAGGAGUGAAACCCUAUAAAUGUUAUGAUUGUGGAAAGUCCUUCAGGACAAAAUCAUACCUUAUUGUGCAUCAAAGGACACAUACUGGAGAAAAACCAUAUAAAUGUAAUGAAUGUGAGAAAGCUUUCACUAAUACAUCACAGCUUACUGUGCAUCAAAGAAGGCACACUGGAGAGAAACCCUAUAAAUGUAAUGAAUGUGGGAAGGUUUUCACAAGUAACUCAGGCUUUAACACUCAUCAGCGAACACAUACUGGAGAGAAACCAUUCAAAUGCAAUGACUGUGGAAAAGCAUUUAGCCAGAUGGUGCAUGUCACAGAGCAUCAGAAAAUCCAUAGUGGAGAAAAGCCCUAUAAGUGUGAUGUCUGUGGAAAAGCCUUCAGGAGAGGUUCAUACCUCACAGUGCACUGGAGAACACAUACUGGUGAAAAGCCCUAUACUUGUAAGGAAUGUGGUAAAGGUUGUAUUACUCUAUCACAGCUAACUCUACAUCAGAGAAUUCAUACUGGGGAAAGGCCUUACAAAUGUGAAGAAUGUGGAAAAGCCUUCAGAACUAACUCAGAUUUCACUGUACAUCUGAGAAUGCAUACUGGAGAAAAACCCUAUAAAUGUAAUGAAUGUGGAAAAGCCUUUAGGAGUAGUUCAAGCCUUACUGUACAUCAAAGAAUUCAUCAGAGAGAAACUCAGUUAAUUUAGAGAACAAUAAAUUGUUGAUCCAGAUGUCAGCUCCAUAAUAAGAAUCUUAUAAACUAUAUUUUAUGAAUGUAGAAAAAUCUUCAGUAGAAAUUCAUGGAAAAUAUACUCUGAAGAGACACUCUAAAUAUAAUGAAUGUGGAAAAAGCAUUUAGUCAUAUUAAAUCUUAGAAGUUAAAAGAAAUUCACACUAGAAAAAAAACAGUGGACAAAUGAAAACCUUCAUGCAGAUUUCAUACCUUUUUUGGUAUCUAUUUGACUAUUUUAUGGGUUUUUCUGCUUUUCUUAUAACAUAGAGGUGCUUUUUAUAUGCUUUUGAUAUUAAUUCCUUGCCAUGGGUGUACAAAUGUUUUUCUCAACUUACAAAUUAUACUUUUCUACACAGGAAAGAUACAGCAUUUUAAUUUUUAUAGUAAAAUAUAUCUUUUUAAGUUCUCAAUUUACUUUUUUAAUUAAAAGGCGUAUCCUUAAUCCCUGCUUUGUACAUAAUCUUCUAAAUUUGUUUCCAGGAUUUUGACAUUUUUUUAACUUAACAUUUAAUCUAGAUGAAUUAAACAUCUGGAUUGAAAGACUUAGAAGAGCAAUUCCAAAAGGCCACUAAACUAUAGAAAAAUUUAAUCCUAACUAGCACUCAGGGAGAUGCAUAUUUAAGCCACAUUGGGAUGAAAACUUCCACUUCAUGGAUUUGACAAAAUUUAACCUUUUCUUAGCUAGUGGGGACUCUGACUCAGAGACGAAUGCAGCUACAGUGCAUAAGAACACAAAUAAAGAUGUUUGUUGAAGUAUUGUUUUAGAAGGUAAAAAAGAAGCCCCAACUAGAAGCAUACUGCCAAUUAAUAGGGAGAUGGUUGGAUAUAUGUGACAUAUAUAUAUAUAUAUAUAUUUUUUUUUUUUUUGGAACAGUAUGAGAAUAAUUUUUAAAAUGUGUUAUAUGAACUGACUUCAAGAUUUUUUCACAAUGUUUAGUUUAAAUAAUUGCUUUGCAACAGAUGUAUAUAUAAAAGACUUCAUUUACAUUGAAGUAAUGUCUACAUGUAUUGUAUAAUGAUGUGUGUGAUUAUAUGUGCAUAAAGAAUAAAAACCAGAUUGUCAAUAUUGGUAACCUUGAAAGGAGGGAGAAAAGGAGAAGCGGGAAUAGGGACAUGGAGAAAAAAAUAGAAAAUGUAAAUGUAGCAUGUAUGAUAUAAAACUAUCUGUGUAACAUGACAUAUUUAUGUGACCACCAGAAAGUGAAUGAAGAGAUGGUUUCCAAAAAGUUAAUGAGAAUUGCUCUAGAGUUGGUAGACUAUCAGGUAUCAUUUGUUUGCAAUUUUUUAUUUGAUUUUCUAUAAUUUUCUUUGCAAUGAGCAUGUGAUAUCUAUAUAAAAAGGAAAAAUCUUUUUUUCUUGUGAAA